AUGUGGCUGCCCCCGCUGCUGCUGCAGCUGCUGCUGCUGCAGCUGCCGCUGCUGUUCUUGCCUCAUGCAGUAGCAGCGGCAGCAGCAGCAGCAGCAACACCAGCCGAGGCCGUUUUGGAACAGCUGCAGCAGCAGCAGCAGCAGCAGCAGCAGCAGCAGCAGCAGCAGCAGCAGCAGCAGCAGCAGCAGCAUAGGGGAUAUGAAGAAUAUUUGCGGCGAGGCCGCAGACUCCAAAGCGACGUCAGCCUCACUUCCCAGCAGCAGCAGAAAGAGCUGCUUCUGACAGUGCAGCAGCAGCAGCAGCAGCAGCAGCUGAAGCAGCAGCAGCAGCAGCUGCGUUUGCUGCAGCAGCAGCUAGAGGCCCAGAACUUGGCGGCCUCAGCCCCAGGGGCGCAGCAGCGGCGGCUGCAGGCUCUAGACAGCUGGAUCUGGCCCCAGCAGCAGCAGCAGCAGCAGCAGCAGCAGCAGCAGCAGCAGCAGCAGCAAGGCUUGCCUGCUUCCUGGCUGCCGCUGCUGCCAGCAGCUCCUUGGGGGCCCACUGCUGCGCCGCUGUCGCCCCUCUACUCAGAGGCCCCAGUGCUUCCUUAUUUGGGGCCCCUGCAGCAGCAGCAGCAGCAGCAGCAGCAGCAGCAGCAGCAGCAGCAAAUCCCGGAAGUGGACCAGUUCGAGGAGAGCGCAAGGCAUUUGCUGGAGAAGCUGCAAAUGCUGAACCCCGCAGGCAGCGGCAGCAGCAAGAAGCGCAGCAGCAGCAGCAGCAGCAGCAGCAGCAGCAGCAACAACAGCAGCAGCAAGAAGAGCAGCAGCAGCGGCAGCAAGAAGCGCAGCAGCAGCGGGCCGCAGCAGCGCAGCGGCGCGGCCUCGCUGCUGUCCUGGCUGCCGCAGCUGGGCAGCAGCAGCAGCAGCAGCAGCAGCAGCAACAGCAGCAGCAGCAGCAGCACAACGACAACGACGCAGCAGCCCCCCCCGCUGCAGCAAACCACCAAAACCCUCAGCAGGGCCCUCGAAUUAGGAGGGGCUUUUGUUUCUGUGGUGGAGUUCUUUGCAGAAAUUGAACGAGUGCUGCAGCUUGCUGCUGAGGUGCAGCAGCAACUGCAGCAGCAGCUGCAGCAGCAGCUGAACGGCGAAGACGGCUCGCUGCCGCUGCUGCAGCUGCUGCUGCCCGCGCUGGCUCCCAAGCAGCAGCAGCAGCAGCAGCAGGAGCAGCAGGAGGAGCAGCAGCAGAAGCAGCAGCAAGAAAAAAGAGCCGCAAGGCGCGCUUCCAAGCAGCAGCAGCAGCAGCAGCAGCAGAAGACGAAGGUGACGACCGAAGCUGCUGCUGCUGCUGCUGCUGCUGCUGCUCCUCUGACAGCAGAAGAAGCAGCAGCAGAAACCCUGCUGGACUCUCUGAUGGCUGCCAUGGCGGCUGAGGACUCCCCAGACUCAGCAGCAGCAGCAGCAGCAGCAGCAGCAGCAGAAGAGGAGGAAGAAGAAGAAGAGGAAGGCGAGCCGUUGAGCGAAGAAGAGGAAGAAGGGGAGGAAGUUGCUGCUGCUGCUGCUGCUGCUGCUGCAGUGCGGCCGCUGCAGCUGCUGCCGGCGCUGCAGCUGCCAGCUGUGGGGGCCCCCCUGGGGGACUGGCUGGAGCUGCUGCAGCAGUUCGUGUCUUUGUCGAAUUUCUUUUUUGCUGCUGCUGCGCUGCUGCUGGAAGUGGGAGAAGCAGCAAUAACGAAGCUGCAGGUGCAGCAGCUGCUGCAGGGGUACAGCGCGCUGCUGCAGCGGGGGGCCCUUGCUUCCCUGGGCCUCGUGGCCCGGGGGCCCCCCCCCGAAGACAUGGGGGCCCCCUCUGUUAGCUGCAAGCAGCAGGGAAUGACUUGCUGCGUCCCUCUUGCUGCUGCUGCUGGCUGGCAGCAAGAGCCUCUUUACCUCAACAGCAGCAACAGAGGGGAGUGCCGCGCGGCCUUUGUGUCUCGUUUGAACCAACUCUGUGCCUCCACAACUUACCUCGACUCCCCCUGCAACAUCUUGGUCACAACCAGCAGCAGCAGCAGCAGCAGCAGCAGCAGCAGCAGCAGCAGCAGCGGCGGCAGCAGCGGCGGGGAUGGCAGCAGCAGCGGCGACGGCGCCGCGGCCGCGGCCGCGGCCGCCGAGAGCGCCCCCGCGGCGGCGAGCAGCAGCAGCGGCGACGCCGCCAGCAGCAGCAGCAGCAGCAGCAGCAGCAGCAGCAGCAGCAGCAGCAGCAGCAGCAGCAGCGGGUGGACGACGGUGUACACUGCUGCGCUGCCGCUGCCGGGGUUUGCUGCUGCUGCUGUGUGUCAGUGCGAAGUUGCUGCGGCCCCCAACGCAGAGGGCCGCAGCCUCGCAGGCCGCGCGGCCUGGGACUGGGGGGGAGCAGCAGCAGCAGACAUAGCAGCAGCAGCAGACAUAGCAGCAGCAGCGCAGCAGCACUGGGGCUACCUCAAGGCCUUCGUCAGGACUGGCAGCAGCCUCACAGCAGUUCUUCAAGAGCUCUCCAAUCCCAACACAACAGCUCUCCAAAGAACAGCUCAUCUCCUCACCUUAAUUACCAAAGCAGCAGCCCCGGGGGGCCCCCCCGCGCCCCCCUUGGGGGCCCCCCGGGGGCCCCUGGGGGGCCCCCCGGGGGCCCCCCCAGGGGGCCCCAUGGGGGGGCCCCUGGGGGGCCCCCCGGGGGCCCCCCCCGGGGGCCCCAUGGGGGGGCCCCUGGGGGGCCCCAUGGGGGGGCCCCUGGGGGGGCCCACUCUCGCCCAGGGGGCUAGCCUAGGGGCCUCCCAGGGGGGGCCCACGCUGCAGCAGGGGGGGGCUUUGGGGGGCCCCCUUGGGGGGCCCCUGGGGGGCCCCACAGCCAGCUUUGGGGGGGCCCCCGAGGUCAACAGUGCCUGGGCUGGGGGCCCCACGAACCCGCAGACGCAGCAGCAAACGCUGCAGCAGCAGUGGGGGGGGGCCCAGCUAGCAGCAGACCCCUACGGGGGCCCCCAGCUUGGGGGCCCCCAGCUUGGGGGCCCCCCGCUUGGGGGCCCCCAGCUUGGGGGCCCCCAGCUGGGGGGGCCCCCCACAAUCGGGGCUGCCUAUGACCUUUCUGCAGCAAAUGGACCCUAUGGGGCCCCUCAGCUGGGGGGCCCCUAUGAGGCCCCCUUGUGGCUGGGGGGCCCCCAGCUGGGGGCCCCCAAUGAAGCCGCGGGCUGGGGGGCCCCCAAUGUAGCAGAGGGGCCCCUAAUGGCCCAGGCCUGGGGGGCCCCCAGGGCCUACUGA